GCCCAGGUGCAGGAGUGGAACAUGGAGGCCCCUCACCUGAUGCCGCUGCAGCCGCCGCUGCUGCCGGAGCGGGCGCACGUGCGGGAGGCGCAGCUCCACUCCGCGGAGGCCUCGCUCUGGACCGUGGUGGCCACGGUGCAGGCCAUGGAGAGGAAGAUCGACCUCCUGGCCACCCGCCUGCUCAGCCUGGAGGGCCGCUCCGGCACGGCCGAGAAGAAGCUGCUGGACUGCGAGAAGACGGCCAUGGAAUUUGGGAACCAGCUGGAGAGCAAGUGGGCCGUGCUGGGCACCCUCAUCCAGGAGUACGGGCUGCUCCAGCGGCGCCUGGAGAACGUGGAGAACCUCCUGAAGAACAGGAACUUCUGGGUGCUGCGGCUGCCCCCCGGCCCCCGGGGAGAGGUCCCCAAGGUGCCGGUGACAUUUGUUGACAUCGCCGUCUACUUCUCAGCGGAGGAGUGGAAGAACCUGGAGGAGUGGCAGAAGGAGCUGUACAACAACCUGGUGAAGGAGAACUAUGAGGCUUUGCUGUCCCUGGAUGGGGCCCUCUCCAGAAGCGAGGCGCAGCCGCGCAGCGAGCGCGGGGACGGGCCCUGCGUCCCUGAGCAGCGCGAGCUGGAGCAGAGGGAGCUGCCGCCGGACGCCUGCGCGGAGUCGCUGAUCUCCACCUCCGACAUCCUGUCCCGGAUCAAGCAGGAGGUGGCCUUCGUGGGGGAGCAGCAGUUCCCGGAGGAGCGGGGCAUGCCGCCGGACCCCUGUGCGGGCGCGGACGCCCUGAUCACCGCGCACGACUUCUUGUCGUGGAUCAAGCAGGAGGAAGAGCCCUGUGUCCGGGAGCCCUGGGAGCUGCCCGAGAGGGAGAUGCUGCCCCCGGGCCCUGGUCCUGCCAGCGAGGGGCUGCUGGUGAAGACGGAGGAGCGGUGCCCCCACGCCGAGCCCCCCGAGGAGGUGGGUUUGCCGGGCAGCUCCGGGGAGCUGCUCUUCCCCGGCACGGGCUUCGGGACCCCCGAGGGACAGGCGGCGGUGCCGGCGGCGGUGGCUCUGCCGGCGCAGCACAGACUGGGCAAAGCUCCGGGCCCCGAGCCGGGCCCGGGGGCCGAUUCCGGGGGCGUCCCCGCGGCGCCGCCGGGCCCCGCCGAGGAGCGGCCGCACGGCUGCGCCGAGUGCGGGAAGAGCUUCAGCGGCAAGAAGAGCCUGCGGAUCCACCAGCGCAGCCACGCGGCCGAGCGGCCCUACCCGUGCGCCGAGUGCGGCAAGAGCUUCAAUUGCCACUCGGGGCUGGUGCGGCACCAGAUGAUCCACCGCGGCGAGCGGCCCUACAAGUGCUCCGAGUGCGGCAAGUGCUACAGCCGCAAGGAACACCUGCAGAACCACCAGCGGCUGCACACCGGGGAGCGCCCCUUCGCCUGCGCCCAGUGCGGCAAGAGCUUCAUCCGCAAGCAGAACCUGCUCAAGCACCAGCGCAUCCACACCGGGGAGCGCCCGUACCAGUGCCCCGCCUGCGGCCGCAGCUUCCGCUACAAGGAGUCGCUCAAGGAUCACCAGCGGGUCCACGGAGCCGAGGCGGGGCCGCCGCCGCUGCCGCCGCCCGGGAUCCUGCCCCCCGGGGACGUAGUAAAUCCUACUGGACUAGCGCCCUCGGGCCGAGCUGUCACUCGUGUCCCCCGCGGGCACGGCGGCGUCACCUCGGGGCGCUCCCGUGCCUCAGACCCGCGGGGACCCGCCCGGAGCGCUCCGAGCCCGCAGCGGCAGCGCCGCCCGCCCGCGUCCUCUGUCCCUUCCCGCGGGGAUCCAUCCGGGUGCCGCCCGCGUCACCGCACGCCGUCCCGCCGGGGCGGCCGCGGGCACUCCGUGUCCGUGGCGGAGCGGCUCCCGCCCGUCCCUAGCUGUUGGCGGGAGCAGCCCAGCCCGCGGCCGGGGCCGGCGGCGGCCGGGGCGUCUCCGGGAGGGGAGGCGGAGGAGGGCAGCGACUCCUCGGUCAGGGCGCCGUGCAGCGGGGAGCGGGCCGGGGGCUCCUCCUCCGCCGGAGCCUUCUCCCAGGUGGGCCCCAUCAGUACCCUGGGCAAGGCGCCCAUCUCCGGGCCCGGGCCGCCCGCCUGCUCCUCGGGAUGCGCCGAGUCGAGCCCGCGGCCCAGGGCGGGCAGGUCGGACACGCCCUCGUGCCCCCAGUCCGAGGACGGGGAGAUGGCCGACGCGUCUGGAGUGCGCAGCUCCGGUCCCGACUCGGCUGGGAGAGAAGAGAAACCUCCGGUGAGCCACAGCACUGCCCUGGCCCCAGGCUCCCCAACACGUGGAUCCCAGCGGAUCUCCAUCCUGACCCAGAGGAUCUCCAUCCUGACCCAGCGGAUCUCCAUCCUGACCCAGUGGAUCUCCAUCCUGACCGCCGGCGGGGUCGGGGCUCUGUCCCGGCAGGCGCGGCACGGCCGAGCCCUCCACGUCGGGCAGGGCCGAGGGCUGCCCGUUGGUGUCGAUGUAGAUGCUGGGGUGGCUCACGCCGGGCUGCAGGUGCAUGAAGGGCUGCUUGGACGCGCCGGGGAAGAACAGAUCUGCGGGACACAGAGGAUGCGGCCUCAGCCGGCACAACAGCCAGCUGAGAACGCCGGCGUGGCCGGACAUCGCUCAGGGAGCGCAGCCAGCGCUCCAGCCACCCUCUGCCCGCAGAACCGCCACCGCUCACCCGGGUCCAGGAUGAUCUCUGGCUCCGAGUCGUGGCUGGCCUGCAGGAAGGUGGAAGCCACCAUCUUCUCCAGGGGCACCAGCGUCUCGGUCUCGUCAUUGGAGAAGUUGGCCUUCCUCUUCCGGCCAGACGCUGGCAUCGCCUGCGAGGCUGCGGCAGAGGUGGAAGGGGCACAAUUGAACCUCGGUCCCCACUCCUCUCUGUCAGCUCCUGGGGGGAACAUGGGGCUGCGGGAGCCCGAGGGAGCCGCGGAGGAGGGAGCCGAACACGCGGCACGGGCGCACCGCAUCGCCUCGCCCGGCUCGAGGGCACCUGGGAGGGGAGAAAAGGAAAGGGCAGCGGUGGCUGGUGGCAGCGCGGGGGGACGGCGAGGGCCCCCCGGCUCUCUCCAGCCAGAGGCACCCGGGAGCCCCCGGGCAGGUGCCACGGACGGGGACGUGGCCGUGCUGCGCGUCAGCACCACGGCGAGGGGCUGCGGGCCUCGGGGCCACAGCACCGACCAAGACCUGAAGGACAGGUCCAGGGGCCUCGGCCACAGUGAGCACCUCAAGGCCAUGGUGAAGACCUCGGCCGAGAAGCGGGCCUUGGCGAGGCUCUUGGCCAUGCUCGUAGAAGGCCUGGAAGAGAUCUGGCGAGGUGGCCUGGCACUCCAGGUACCUCCGCAGCGUGGCCAGGCUCUUCCAGACCUCCCGUUCCGAGGGGCAGGGCGGCACGGCCGCCUGCUCGCCCGCGUCCUCCCCCUCCGUCACGCCCUCGUCCCCGUCCGCCUCCGCCGGGUCCCCGUCGCGCUCCGGCCGCUCCGGGCCGAGCGGGCCGGGGGCCGAGCUGAGGGACACGGCCUCGGCGCCGGCAUCGGGCGUGAAGCCGGCGGCGCGGAAGCAGCCGGCGAUGAGCCCCGGGGGAACGUCGCCCCAGGCUUGCGCCAGCAUGUGCAGCACGUCCAGCAGGCUGGGCCGCCCCGCGCCGCGCUCCGCCGGCAGCCACCGCAGCAGCCGCCGCCCGUAGUGACCCCUGAGGUCGCCGGCGACGCCGCGGUCCAGGGGCUGGGCCAGGGCGGUGGCCGCAGGGACGAAGACCAUCCUGACGUUGGACAGCUGGAGGUAGGGGUGCGCCUCGUGCUUGGCCAGGAGGAGGAGGACGCUCUUGCCCCGCCGCCGCAUGCCCUCGUUGAAGUCCCGCAGCCACUCGGCGAAGAGCGCGGCGGUCAGGCCGGCCGGGCUGCCGGCGCGGUAGCUCCACGGCAUCUGCUCCAGGUUGACGCCCCGCAGGCAGCGCGGCCGGGGGCUGUCCCCCACGGCCCGCAGCGGCAUCUUCUCCGAGCCGCUGGCGUUGGCGCAGAGCAGCAGCGUCAGCCGCUCGCCGGGGCUCUCGCCCUUGCCGAGGGCGCCGGCCGGGAGCGGCACCGCGGUCUCCCCGCAGGCGAAGAUCUCGGCGGGCGCGUAGCUGCGGAGGAGCCCGGGCAGCACCGUGCCGGCCCAGUGCUCCGCCGUGGGCUGCUCCGCGUCCCCUUUCUCCGCCGGCGGCUUCUUGCCGGCGAGGCCGUGGCGAGCUCCCAGCGCAGCAGCGCGGCCUCCAGCGCCGCGUCCUUCCCCUCCCGCUUGCGCUUGCGCUCGGGGUCGCCGUUGCGGUGCCACUCGCUCAGGAUGCGCUCCUUGUUCUUGAUGAUGCGGCAGAUCUGGGGCUGCGACACCCCGAAGCGCUUGGCCAGCUCGCUCUGCGACACCUUGGGGCCCUCCAGCAUCUCCAGCACGCGCACCUUCUCGGUCAGCGACAGCUCCUUCCGCUCCUUCCGCGGCGCAGCCGUCGCUCCCUCCGCCGUGCCCGGGGAGCGGCCGCCCCCCCGGCUCGGCGAGGCCUCUCCCGCAGCGGCCGCAGGCGUAGCCGAGCUCCGUGCCGCGCCCCAGCCGGUGCCGCACCAGGUCCGGCUUCUGCCCGACGCCUCGGCCGCACUCGGCACAAUCCAGCGGCGGCUCCCCGGGCCGGCAGCGCCGGCUCUCGAAGGCGGGGGGUGCGGCGAUGAACCCCCCGUUACCGGCACCGGGGUUCGGCUCCGGCUCGAGGACGCCGCAGUAGCUGCAGCCCCGUUCCCGCAGCGGGACGAGGAAGUCGGCGGGGCCGGCGUGGCGGGACGGGGGCGAGCGGGGCGGCGGGGACACCCCGUCCUCGCUCUUCACCUCCUUCCCCCGCCAGUCCCCUGCGGAGACAGGAGCGCGUUGGGGAGCGGCCGCCUCACCGGGAAUCCCGCGGGACCAAGCGCGCGGCCGGGCGGGAUGCGGGCCGGUGCCCGACUCCCGCUCCUGGUGCCACCCGGCCACGAUCCCGCCCGUCCCCGUGUCGCGCUCACCCUGGGAGGGGCCGGCGGGUGCCGCGUGUGGCCGGGGGCUCUGGUGCCCCCCAGACAAGAGGAGGGACAGCCGGUGAUGCCACUGGCCAUGCCAACGGACAUGCCACCAGAGAUGACAUCGGUCACAACAGGCCAGGGUUGGCUGCCCGUGGUGAUGGGCCACGACCGGCAGUGCGAGGAGCGGUGCCAGGAUGGCCCCGGUGCCUCACCCAGGUCGACGGAAUGCUGGCGGUCCUCCUUCAUGGCACCGGCACCGUCCCGGUCGUCGGGAAACGCGGCGGCAGCUGCUCCCGCGUUCCCCCCUCAGGAGCUGGAGUGCAUGAUGGAGCCCCAGGAGCUGGGCCUGGAGCAGCCGCUGCCCGCCCCCGAGCAGGGCCCCGGCGGCGAGGCCGAGCUGCCGGCCGCAGAGAUCUCCCUGACGCUGGUGACCGAGAUCCAGGCCGUGGACAGGAAGGUGGACACCCAGGCCGCGCAGCUGAUGAACCUGGAGGGCAGGAUGAGGAUGGCGGAGACGAAGCUGAUCGGCUGCGAGAAGACGGCGGUGGAGUUCGGGAACCAGCUGGAGAGCAAGUGGACGGCGCUGGGCACCCUGAUCCAGGAGUACGGGCAGCUGCAGAAGCGGCUGGAGAACAUGGAGAACCUGCUGAAGAACAGGAACUUCUGGAUCCUGCGGCUGCCCCCGGGGGCCAAAGGGGAAGUCCCCAAGGUCCCCGUGGCCUUCAACGACGCCUCGUUCAACUUCUCUGAGGAGGAGUGGAAGAGCCUCAACGAGUGGCAGAAGGAGCUCUACAGGCACAUCAUGAAAGGCAACUACGAGGCCGUCAUCUCCAUGGACGCUGCCAUUUCCAAGCCUGAUCUGCUGACACGGAUUGAGCAGGGAGAGGAUCCCAACGCUGAGGAUCAGGAGGACUCCGAGGGAGGAGAGACCCCCACAGACCCCAGCACUGAGUUUUUUUUCCCUGGGCCUGAUGACAGCUCGUGGGGUAAAUAUGAAGAGACUCUGGCUGAAAGCCACGAAGGCUCUGAGGAAGAGGAGAGCAUGGAGGUCCCUGGUACAUACGAACAGCCGUGCGAGGAGGAAGGCUCCGAGAGCCUGGAGCUUUCCAGGUCGUUGACAGGAAAGUGGGAAGAGGUUUUCUCCAACCCGGAGGAGGAGAUGCAAUCGAGCAGCAAGAGCCAGAGCGGGUCGGCCCGGCCGCAGCGAACGGCGACGGGCAACGGGCUGAGGCGCUCCGUGCGCCGCGGGAGAGACUUGGCCAGGAAGGAUCCCGAGGAGGCGGCGGCCGACAAGGGGCCCUACAUCUGCUGCGAGUGCGGCGAGAGCUUCCUGGACAAGCAGCUCUUCGCCACCCACCAGAAGGCUCACGCCAGCCAGGAGGCCUGCACGUCCCUGGAGCGCGGCGAGAGCUUCCGGCAGAAAUCCAAAGCCAAGGGCCAGGGCCCCUCCCGCUCCAAAGCGUCCAAGCGCCCCGACGGAGAGAAGAGCUCGGGAUUCAAGUACGGCUUCGUCAGGCACCAGGUGAACAACAUGGUGGAGAGGCCCUACACCUGCUCCCAGUGCAAGGAGAGCUUCAGCCUGGAAGUGAGUCUGAUCCUGCACCAGAAGCUGCACACGGGGAAGGGCGACGGGCCGCUGACGUGCACCUACUGCGGGAAGGACUUCCGAGACCUCUCCAAGGCCAUCCGCCACCAGCGCAUCCACACCGGGGAGAGGCCCUACCAGUGCACCGAGUGCGGCAAGAGCUUCAUCCGGCGGGACCACCUGCUCAAGCACUGGCGGGUGCACACCGGGGAGACCCCCUACCAGUGCCCCGUCUGCGGGAAGCACUUCCGCUACAAAGAGUCCCUGAAUUGCCACCAGAAAAUCCACUCCCGCAACCCGCGGCCCGGGGAGGAUUCCCAGCACAACCUGGGCUCGGCGGGCACCCAAACCGACCAUUUCUGCGUGAAAAAAGAGACUAAGCAGUAUCAAACCGGCCCCUCCCGUCCCCUUGCACCGCGCCCCGGUGCCUUCCCCGUUACUCCUCGGUCCCCCCGGUGCCGGCUGGCUCCGCGCUGCCAGCCCAGCUCCUCGGGCAAUCCCGAGUGCCGCCAGUCCCGCAGUGCCGCCAACGCCCCCAGCCCCGGUCCCUAUCCCCCUGGGGGCAUCCCCCGCCCUGACCCCGCGCCCUUGUCUCCUCCGCAGGCGCCGGAGCCGGUGCGGCCGCCGCGCUGCCCCUCGCCCCUCCGGCCGGCCGCCGGGCCCGAGCGCACCUCGGAGCGGGAGACGCAGACGGCUGAGCUGUCCCUGACCGUGGUGGCGGCCGUGCAGGCGGUGGAGCGCAAGGUGGAUUCCCACUCCACCCGCCUGCUGGACCUGGAGGGUCGGACGGGGAUGGCGGAGAAGAAGCUGAUCGACUGCGAGAAGACGGCGGCGGAGCUGGGGAACCAGCUGGAGAGCAAGUGCGCGGCGCUGGGCACCCUCAUCCAGGAGUACGGGCUGCUCCAGCGGCGCCUGGAGAACAUGGAGAACCUGCUGAAGAACAGGAACUUCUGGAUCCUGCGGCUGCCCCCAGGCAGGAAGGGGGAAGUCCCCAAGGUGCCGGUGACCUUUGAUGACGUGUCCGUCUAUUUCAAUGACAAGGAAUGGGAGAAGCUGGAGGAGUGGCAGAAGGAGCUCUACAAGAAUGUGAUGAAGGGGAACUACGAGUCUCUGAUCUCCCUGGACUAUGCAAUUUCCAAACCUGGUGUUUUGUCUCAGAUCGAGCAAGGGGAGGAAUCGCGGGGCAGGAAUGAGCAGGACCUGGAGGAGAGUGAGAUCAUUACUGAUGCCACGGCAGCUGGAAUAAGGGUGGUGAUCAAAACGGAGGAGCUCCUUCCUGAAGACAGCCCCGAGAACCCCGAGCUGCACGGGAUGUCGGGGCAGUCCGAGGGCAGCUUCCAGAGCCCGGACGAGGAGGCGGCCUGCGAGAGCCCCUACGGCUCCGUGUCCCCGCCGAGGGACCUCCCGGGGACCAGCCUGGGGGACUCCUCCGAGUACGGAGCCGACUUCAGCGAGAUCCAGAGGGUCAUCGUUCACCACGGGGGCUGCACAGAGGAUGGGAUCGUGAUCAAGACGGAGGAGGAGGAGGAGGAGGAAGAGGAUGACCCCGACACGCUGGAGCCGUGCGCCAUGUUCUCGGGCCGGAGCGAGGCGCCGGCGUUCCCCGGCCACGAGGCCGGGCUGGGCUGCGAGGCGCAGUGCAGCUCCAAGGCGCAGCCCCGCAGCCUGGCCCGCGUCAGGAAGCCGUCGGCCUGCGAGAGGGACUCCGGGGACGUGAAGCCGGCCGGCGGCCAGCAGCGGAACCGGACGCGGGAGAGACCCUACAUCUGCCCCGAGUGCGGCAAGAGCUUCAUGCUCAAGAUCAACUUCAUGAUCCACCAGCGCAACCACCUCAAGGAAGGGCCCUACGAGUGCCACGAGUGCGACCUCAGCUUCCGCAACAAGCAGCAGUUCCUGCUGCACCAGCGCAGCCACACGCGCCGCGGCGUGGGGGUCCCGCGGCGCCCCGAGCACGGCCUCAAGCCCCCGGCGCGGCCCCCGCCCCCGGGGAAGCCCUACAAGUGCUCCGAGUGCGAGAGCAGCUUCAGCCACAAGUCGAGCCUCAGCAAACACCAGAUCACCCACGUCGGGGAGCGGCCCUUCACCUGCGGCGAGUGCCGGAGGAGCUUCCGCCUGCAGAUCAGCCUGCUCAUGCACCAGAGGAUCCACGCCGGCAAGAACGAGAUGGCCUUCCUGUGCCCCCAGUGCGGCAAGAACUUCACCCGGCCCUCCCACCUGCUGCGGCACCAGCGGACUCACACCGGCGAGCGGCCCUACCAGUGCAGCCAGUGCGAGAAGACCUUCAGCGAGAAGUCCAAGCUCACCAACCAUUACCGCAUCCACACGCGGGAGCGCCCGCACGCCUGCGCCGUCUGCGGGAAGGGCUUCAUCCGCAAGCACCACCUCCUGGAGCACCAGCGCAUCCACACGGGCGAGCGGCCCUACCACUGCACCGAGUGCGGCAAGAACUUCACGCAGAAGCAUCACCUCCUGGAGCACCAGCGGGCGCACACCGGCGAGCGGCCCUACCCCUGCACCGAGUGCACCAAGUGCUUCCGCUACAAGCAGUCGCUCAAGUACCACCUGAGGACGCACAUGGGAGAGUGAGGGGCUGCCGAGGCUUCCUCUCCCUCCCUCCCUCCAUCCCUCCCUUCCUCCUCCUCGUCCUUCUCCUCCACUGAUCUCUCCCUCCCUCCCUCCCUCCGUCCGUCUCCCCCCACCCCGGCUCAGGGCAUGGACAUCAAGGAAGCUUUGUGUGGUAGCGCCGCUGGUCUGGUGGAGACUCGGCUGAUUGGAAAUAAAUUAAUGAAUUAAAGCAAGCAACGCGCGGCAAAAUUAAAAGAUUAUAUAUAUAAAAAAAUUAACAGAAGCAGCUGAUUUAGGGGGAAUCAUCACCAACGAGCAAACAAACCACCAACAAAAGAAACCUGUACACAGGGGUGUUUUGCCAGAGUAGGACUCGUAACUGCUUUUUAAAUCUACUGUUUGUUUUUUUUUAAUAAAUGUGGAGGAACUUUUUAUUUGA